AUGGGUCUCGUAAGAACUAUCACAAUCGACGGCGUUAAAUAUGUCAUGCAAUACCCUGGACCACAAAAGAGAACUACGGGAACUUUCAUUGCAGCCGAUGAAAUUGUACUCGCUCUUGGAUGCAUUUUUAGUACUACGCCUGAAAUUUAUGCUGAGAUGAUAUAUGAUUUGCUCCACUUAAAUCAAGAAACAGUACAACCUUGGGAUGUUUACAAUGUUGUAUUGGAAAGCAAGUUUUGGAAAAUUUUCAAAAUUUUACUUGGUAUUAGUCAUGACAUGAUGUUUCGUGCUCAUUUCUUUACUAUAUUUCAGUGCAUAGUUCAACUCAUGCCAGAUGAUCUAAAGAAAGUAAAUCCAAAAGUAAUGUUUAUUUUAGAAUGUACAGCAAAUGACUGA